CGGACCGGUUUGCCUACCGGUUCACCUGUUGGGUCCGGUACGGCUUAUAAUGCUGGCUUAUAGGAAUCCAUCCCAAUCCCGCCACUUGUACCCGUAGAUGACGACGGCCAGACUGCUAGCGGCGAUACUCCUCCUGGUGGCGGUGUACUGUGCCGUGGACCCAUUCGGCCACCGCACAAUCUCCGACUUCGUGGUCCACCUUGUGGACCAGGCGCCGUGGUCGGAGCUUCCGCCGGAGAAGGACGCGCGGGAUUUGCUCCGGAAGUCGGAAAUCAAGUUCCUGCACCAGAUUCAAGGGCCGGAGAGCAUCGCCUUCGACCCCCGAGGGCGCGGCCCCUACACCGGCGUCGCCGACGGUAGGGUUCUGUUCUGGAAUGGGACCCAGUGGAUUGAAUUCGCUGUUACUUCGCCCAAUAGGUCAAGUAUCUGUGACCCAAAGCCGAAUCCAACAUAUUUAACCUACAUAAGGAAUGAACACAUAUGUGGGAGGCCUUUAGGGUUAAGAUUCCACAAAAGAACCGGCGAGUUAUACAUAGCAGAUGCAUACUAUGGGUUGAUGAAGGUCGGUCCAAAAGGCGGUCGGGCAAUGUCACUAACAACUGAGGCUGAAGGAGUUCCGUUCGCGUUCACAAACGAUCUGGAUGUUGAUGAUGAUGGGAAUGUUUAUUUUACUGAUAGCAGCAGUAAUUACCCAAGAAGAAAUUUCAGUCAGUUGACAUUCACAGGUGACAAUACUGGGAGAGUCCUCAAAUACAAUCCAAAAACAAAAGAGACGACUGUUCUCGUCCGAAAUGUCCAAUUCCCAAACGGGUUGUCUCUGAGUAAGGAUGGAUCCUUCUUCGUAUACUGUGAAGGUUUAAUGGAAAGGCUAAUGAAGUAUUGGCUGGAGGGUGAGAAAGAAGGGACCUCAGAAGUAAUGGCACUCCUGCCAGGGUUCCCUGACAAUGUGAGAGCAAAUGAAGAAGGCGAAUUCUGGGUGGCAAUCCACAGCCGGAGGUCGAUUUUCAGUCACAUGUCUGCUCUGCACCCAAACCUGAGGAAGGCUCUGGUGAAGCUUCCCAUCCCCACAUGGAUCUAUCAGCUCAUGUACGUCGGCGGAAUGCCUCACGGAAUAAUAGUGAAGUAUAGCCCAGAGGGUAAGAUCUUGCAGGUGUUGGAAGACAGAAAAGGGAAGGUUGUGAAAGCUGUGAGUGAGGUGGAAGAGAAGGAUGGUAAGCUUUGGUUGGGAAGUGUUCUGAUGCCAUUCAUUGCAGUUUACCAUCUGGACUGAUGGUGGUGGUCGUGGUGGCGGCGGCACUGGUGGUGGUGGCGGCGGCGGCAGUGGUGGUGCAUCUGCUUUUCUGCUCUUCUUUUUAAUCCAACUUCUCUAUCUAAAUUAGUUUUGUGGUAGUAAAAUGUUCAUUUUGUAACUUAGGAUUAGUAGGUGGCAUUACAUUAGUUGAAAUUGAUGGAUGGUGGUUAGAUUCACUUGAAUGAAUUAUUUAGAAAUAAAUACUUAGUUUGUACCUCCUCCAUCUCAAAUUAAAUGUUGUUUGUUUAC